AUGGCUUUCUGUAACAAAGUCGGGAGCCUCUUGAGGCAUAGCAUUUCCCAGAAUGGACAAGCACCCAUGGCAUCUAUGCUUAAUGCUGCGCGCUGCAUGUCCUCCAAGCUUUUUAUUGGAGGCCUUUCAUUUGGAACUAGUGACGAGUCUCUUAAAGAAGCAUUCUCUAGCUUUGGUGAUGUGACUGAGGCAAGGGUUAUUAUGGAUAGGAAUACUGGAAAGUCUAGGGGGUUUGGAUUUGUUGACUUUGCCAGUGAUGAAUCUGCUAGUUCAGCACUUAAUGCCAUGGAUGGUCAGGAGUUGCAUGGGCGAAACAUUCGCGUCAGCAUUGCCACUGAGAGAACUGGUCCUCGACCAUAUAAUGGUGGUGGUGGCGGCGGUUACCGCGGGGAUGGUGGUUUCAGUGGACCGAGUGGCUAUUAA